UCCAGCUUCAUAAGAAAUGGAGAGUGCAACCUUGCUCGGUAAAUAAUAGCUUGCUCUUAUUUUUUUUUUUGCAGAUUCAAAGUCUAAGUGCGGCACUGUGAACCAGCAAACAGCUUUUGUGCCGAAUCCAUAGAAGUAUUUACUUAGAUCACAUUGAAAGAGUGUUUAUAUUUGAAUACUCACAGUUUACGGCUUGAGAUAGUGAAUACUGGCAUGGAAUAAUGUGAAGGUACACAACUUUUUAACGUAAGGGCGGACAAAUCAAAUCUUCGAUUGUGUCAAACUCGUCCUCGACUUCCGGCCCCGCUGGCCCCAACGUCGUGACAAAAUGUUGUCGUCGGCAGACUCAAGGACUGUGAGACAAUGUGAAAGACGUCAAUCGAUCUGCCGCUCGCGGACUAUCGUCAUGAGCUUCAUCGCUAACUCGCGGAUACCUCGUCGCUGUACAAACGCUGCACUCACAUUGUUCACAGUUAUCUUCACCUUAGUCCUCAUUAUUCAAGAUGGCAACCUACUGUUCGAUGAGCCAGGUCGGACUGCACAGUCUCUAAAGAAUCACCUGAUGCUCAACUGGAGUGAACCUCCUAUCAUUUUUGCCAAAGGUGCGCCAGUCUGCAAAGUACCUCAAUUCCAUCCAUUAGAUAAGGAGAUCUGGCCUUAUUACCGUGCACCCCCCUCAGAAAUACACUGCAAGAGGCGGCAAGAACCGAUGUCCUAUAUGCAUUUGGAAACCAGCGAAUUAGAAAUCUCUUCUCGUGCAUAUUUAUAUUCAUGUUUCGCCGAAGACCUGCUGCGCGAUGGAGAUAAUGGCGUCAAGUUCGUGGAGCUGAGGCCACUGUUUGUGGGACGAACCUAUCUGGAACAGCGGACCGGCGUCCAAGCAAUACGAGUAACGUGUUAUAACGUUUUAAAAAUUUUAACAUAUUCACACAUUCAUCUCGUAGCGCCAAAGCUCGCACCAAAAAAGAUCGCAAACGCGCUAGGGGCCGCCCCGAAAAAACGGCGAAACGUUUUCAUAUUUGGGAUUGAUUCGCUGUCAAGGUUAGCAGCGCUGCGAAUGCUACCCUUAACUUACAAAUACCUAGUCAAUAAUCUUUCGGCCUCUGUAUUACGCUCGCAUCAUAAGAUUGGCGACAACACGUUUCCCAACCUUCUCACGAUUCUCAGUGGUAACCGCAAAAAGCAUCCGAACGACAUUCAUAGUAGUCAGGAAACACACAUGUGCGAUAAGUGGCCGCUCAUUUGGAAGCGAUACGCCAAGGAGGGCUAUGAAACAUUUUACGGAGAAGAUUAUCCGAAAUUUGCCACUUUUAACUACCUCCUUAAUGGAUUUAUUAACCAACCAACGGACCAUUAUUUAAGACCUUUUUGGUUGGCUGUCGAAAGCUCGAUGGUGUUGAGAAGUAGCUCAUUACUGUGCUACGGGAUAACCCCUAAGUACAAGUUACAACUUGAUUAUUUAAGAUACUUUCUUCGGAGAAACAGCACCGAUCCUUAUUUUGUAUUCAGUUUUUUGGUCGAGAUUUCCCAUGACUAUCAAGAGUAUGUGGGCGCAGCGGACCAAGAUAUCGUGAGCAUGUUGGAGUUGCUUAGAGAGCAGGUGCUUUCUGGAGAGACACUCCUGAUCGUACUGUCAGACCACGGACAUCGAUUUGACCCAAUUCGUCGAACUCGUCAGGGUCACGUCGAAGAACGUCUUCCUCUUCUGGCGAUAGCAACGGGUGAUUCCAGCCAACGAACAACGCUAGCCUACAACAGCAAUAUGCUCACUUCUCACUACGAUACCUACGAAGUAUUGAGAUCCCUUUUGCCAGCUAGAAGUCGACCUGAGCAAACAGAGUUCGGAAUCAACAUCCUUGACAAUUUGGUACCGAGUAACCGCACUUGUUCACAGGCUGGAAUACCCGACCUAUAUUGUACCUGUACUUCUCAGGAGGACGCGGGCGGUUUCGAUGAAGGCAUGGCAAUCGAUUUGGCACAAAGAGCUGUAGGCUUUAUCAAUAGUAUGUUGCAGAAAGAUUAUAUAAGUUCAUCCGCGUGUAGCAGGCUGUCUCUUAAAAAAAUUGCCUCCAUGUUCUUGAUAGGUUAUGAGAAAGUUCUAAGUUUAGAAACGAGCCCAGGUAAUGCUCUAUUUGAGUUGCGCUUUCGAGACUGGAAUGAUCAGCUAGAGGAGCCUAUGUUCAGUCGAAUUAAUCGGUAUGGUGAGCCUUGCAUACGAAGUCAAACUUUACGCAAGUACUGUUAUUGUGGUCGUUGACGAAUAGAUCGUUAAG